AGAGGCAGAGAGCCAAAAGAGAGAGAGAUGGGGUGCAAGAUCACAAUUUUCAUGGCAUUGAGUGUUGCUUUGAUCAUAAAAGUUGUCAUGGCAGAACAACAUGUUGUUGGUGGAAGCCAAGGUUGGGAUGAAUCCACAGAUUUUAACUCUUGGGUUUCAGGCCAAAGAUUUAAGGUUGGCGAUCAACUUGUUUUCAAGUACUCUUCAGGAUUGCAUAGUGUGGUUGAAUUAGGCAACGAGAGUGACUACAAGAAUUGUGGCCUUGGCAAUGCAGUGAACUCUAUGAGUAGUGGCAAUGAUGUUGUAAAACUGAACAAACCUGGUACACGUUACUUUGCAUGUGGAACCUUGGGUCAUUGUAGUCAAGGCAUGAAGGUGAAGAUUAAAACGGUGUCUGGGAAUGCACCCUCUUCCCCUUCAUCUUCGUCAUCAUCUUCUUCAUUCUCACAAGGCUUAAUCACUGUUGCACUCUUUGUUUCAUUGUUGAUUGCCUCUCUCCUUCCCCAGUUUUGAUUGAUGGAUAAGUUGGGUUUGCUUGUGUUUCCA